GGCCCCUUCAGUGAUGGCCGCGGCCCGUGCCGCCGCCGACCCUCGCGCGUGGUGCCGCGUCGCCGGCACGAACACGCACCCGGGCUUCCAGGCGCCCUGCGGCGCCGGGAAGCCAGGGCUUCCGCGCAGCCCGGAGUACUGGUUCCCCUCCUCGGCGCUCUGCGAGUCCGAGAGGCCCACCGCCCUGCCGCUGACCGACCUCGGAGGCGCGGCGCCCGAGAGGUUGACCUUCCGGUCGGACGCGUCCGAGAGGAUGCAGAGGGAGAAGCAUCACACAGGCCCCGCCGCGAGGAUCAGCUACGACUCGAUGGCCUGGGGCGCGCCACCGGCGGAGCCGCCGGGGCGGUGGGCCCCGAGCUCCGCGGCGGGAACCGCGCCCGGGUGCUGGGGCGCCCCGCCGUCGCCGAUGGGCGGCCCGUGGGGCCCCGUGCGGUGUGCCAGGGGCAUGCGCCACCGAGGCAACGCGGCGCCGCCCGAGCUGCUGAGCGGUGGCGAGGAGGCUCGCAAAAACGUCACCCUUGUCUCACCCUGCCCUCCUCUGACCAUCUACCCCCCCACGGACGACGAGGGCGAGGGCGAGCCGGAGAUGAAGGCCGCGUGGGAGCUCUGGCCCGUGCGGGCGCCGAGGCCGCGCGCGGGCCGCCCCGCCCGCGCCCCCGCCGCCCGGGAGCCC